AUGCAGGUCUUGGCCGGGCAGUUGAUGGAGUCCAAGCACCACCUCCUUCAGGCUCGAGUCGAGCACCUCGAGCUGGACCUGGGCUUCAAGGCACUCUGCGGAGCCAUUGGGCACGAAGACGAUCUCUUCGCAGAUUUGCCAAAACUCAAUUACAAGGCGACUGAUGCCACAGCCGACCCUUCGCUUUCAUCGCUUCCGAAGGACUUCAGCUUCCCCGGCUUGGGCUCUCCGACGUCUGGGCUCGGCUCAGCAUUCGAGGGCAUGCCACGCUCGAGCUUUGGACAAGGUCUGGACGUGGGACUGCCGUUUUCGUUGGCAGGACAAUCGAUGCCGCCGCUGAGCGGGCUCUCAGGCCUGGUGGGCGACGGCGCCGGCCUUCCAGGAUCUAUUGGCACGACGUUCAGCGCUUCCCUCCCGAAGCCGAUGCCAUGA